AUGCAGCAGUGGACGGGCGAGGGCGUGGGGUUCUCCCUCAUCGAAUCGGCUCUCGAGUUUGCAGUGCGGCGCGGCCCCCGGCUGCUGGCACAGAUGCAGAAGGAAGGGGGGAGAGAGGGGGGGAGAGACUGGGGCAGAGAGGGGAAGGGGAGGUGGGAGGUGGUGAGGGGGAGAGAUGGGAUACAGGAGAGGGAGGAGGAGAGGAGGGAAGGGAAGCAGGACGCAGCAGGGAGUGUGGGGAGCAAGGAUGCAGGCGCAAUUCUGGUGUUUAUGACGGGGUGGGAUGAUAUUAUUGGCAUGCGGGACAGGCUGAGGGAGCAUCCGCUGCUGGGGGAUGAAAGCCGGGUGCUGCUGCUGACAUGCCACGGCAGCAUGCCCAUCGAAGAGCAGGUGCGUGUGAGAUGGGCUGAGAAGCUCAUAAUCACCCCACCACCCCCAGGGGUUACUAAAGUCAUUCUAGCCACCAACAUGGCAGAGACAUCCAUCACCAUCAACGACAAGCUCAUACUCAACCUCCCUCCUCCCGGCAUCACCACCAAGGUCAUCGUAGCCAUCAGCAUGGCGGAAACCUCCAUCACCAUCAACGACGCCGUCACACAUUCAUUCCCCUCUCUUCGCCCCUUUCCUCCCCUAUCCAACUUUCCCAAGCAGAAGCUAAUAUUCAACCCGCCACCCGCAGGGGUGACCAAGGUCAUUCUAGCAACCAACAUGGCGGAAACCUCCAUCACCAUCAACGAUGUGGCCUUGGUCAUCGACACAGGAAAGGCCAAGGAAACUUCCUACGACGCAGUCAACAACGUGCCGUGUCUCCUCCCCCAGUGGGUCUCCAAGGCGUCUGUGAAGCAGAGGCGGGGGCGCGCGGGGAGAGUGCGGCCGGGCGUGUGUUUCCACCUGUAUCCGCGCCCGCUGUUUGCUGCUCUGCCGGACUAUGGCCAGCCGGAGCUGCUGAGGGCGCCGCUGCACUCGCUGUGCCUGCAGAUCAAGACUCUCGGCCUGGGGAACAUCGGGGAGUUCCUGGGGAAAGCCAUACAGCCGCCAGAGCCGCUAGCUCCGGAGCUGCUGCGGGCCAAUGCAAUAGAGCUGCUGCGGGCCAAUGCAAUAGAGCUGCUGCGGGCCAAUGCAAUAGAGCUGCUGCGGGCCAAUGCAAUAGAGCUGCUGCGGGCCAAUGCAAUAGAGCUGCUGCGGGCCAAUGCAAUAGAGCUGCUGCGGGCCAAUGCAAUAGAGCUGCUGCGGGCCAAUGCAAUAGAGCUGCUGGAGGAUGUGGACAAUGCCAUAGAGCUGCUGGAGGAUGUGGGGGCGCUGGACAAGGAUGAGAACCUCACACCGCUUGGUCGGCACCUCACAGCACUGCCCCUGGAGCCACGGGUGGGGAAGAUGCUGGUGAUGGCGGCGGUGCUCUCAUGUGUCAACCCUGUGCUCACUGUAGGAGCCACUCUCAGUGAAAGAGAGCCGUGGGUGCGACCAGCUGAUAAGCGAGAGGUGAGAAUGAGGCACGCAGAGGAGGGGGAGACGAGGGAGUGA